CCUUUCGUUUCGUAUCGUAUCUAAGCGGGCGCCUGCCCCUCUCUCCCUCUCUCUCUGCAUGCCUUGCCUGGUCUGGUUUGGUUUCCAAAUACUCGCUGUACUCACUCACUCCCUCCCUCCCUCACUCACUGUAUUGGCGAGAGAGACAUCCACUCAUCAUUCCCUCCCACUAUUCUAAACACUAUCCACCCCAUAAUUAAUUUAUGAUCGAUCGAUCAAUCAAUCAAUCACUCCUGAUCAUCCCCCGCCCCUACUCCUCAGACUCAGUAAUCCUUUCCUUUUUCCAUUCAUCCCCAGCGAAUAUACACAGAUAGAUUCUGCCAUAACAGAAGAGAAGAGGAGAGGAGAGGAGGAAGAAGAAGAUUAAUUAGCAAGAGAAAGAAUCGUCGCACCUGUCGUUUUCUCGCUCUGCCCUGCCCUUCUGCUACUAUACCAAAAAACAGAGGGUGGGUUGGGUGUGACGAUCAUCUAAUAAAAAGGGCCACCGGCUUGGCUUUGGCUUUACCCCACCUCACACUCACGGUCACGGGAAGAUCAUCCGUUUCCACUCUUCGUAAAAGGUUCGCUUCACCAUAACUGCGGUUCUGGUUUUUGACAACUGCUUUAGCUAGAACUAUUGGCUGCUGGAGAGCUUAUUAAGGAAUGAGUAAAAUCUUGUUUCAUAUAUUGGAGCCUGAUUAGAACUAAAAGUUGCACCGAAGAAGCUUGUGGUGAGUCCUUUUUGCAGAGUUAAUGAUGCAAGGGAUUUGCCCCUGUUAGGCAGGAGGUGGGGGAAAAGAAAUGGAACAAAGAAAUGGAGAAUUCCUAAUUGGCCAGCAGGUGAACUCUGAACAUGUUAGUUACGGUGCAUUGGAUUACAGGAACGAUGGCCUGGGUUCCAUGCAUCAGGGAGUUACGCAGGAUCCCCCCAAUUAUCGGAACUUGAACUUUAGACCAUCCGAUCUUAAUAAAGGAGUUUUUGGAAGAUCUAGACCUGUUCUCAACUACUCUAUUCAGACUGGCGAGGAGUUUGCUCUUGAAUUUAUGUGGGAAAGGGUGAACCCCCGGGAGCAAUAUAUUCCAAAUUCAUCUGUGGGGGCAGAUACUGAGAUUACAAUGGGGGAUCUGCAUGGCAUGCUUGGUCCAUCUCACACUGCUGCUUCUGAGGGACUUUCUGAUGGUGGAAAAAGUAAAACAAAAGAUCCUGUAACUCAUGCUUCCCAAUUUGAACAAAAACCUGUUGCCAAGCUGCUUCAAUCAGUGACUAGAACCUCAUCAGAAAACACAGGUGUUAGGAGGUUUCGUGGUCGUUCUUCUUUGGGUUCGUUUGCCUCAUCUAGAACACUGAAAUUGCUCUGCAGUUUUGGUGGAAAAGUUUUACCACGUCCAAGUGACCGAAAACUCCGGUAUGUUGGCGGUGAAACACGCAUUAUUCGAAUUCACAAGGAAAUUUCGUUUGAGGAGCUUAAGCAGAAAACACUGGGAAUGUAUCCCGAGCCUCAUUCAAUCAAAUAUCAACUUCCUGGAGAGGAUCUCGAUGCUUUGGUAUCUGUAUCCUCUGAUGAGGACCUGCAGAAUAUGAUGGAGGAAUGCAAUGUACUUGGAAACUGUGAAUCACAAAAGCUUCGGAUUUUUCUCAUUUCUGACUAUGAAAUGGAUGAUUCUGAACUGAGCAUUGAGAGCAUGGAAGGUGACUCCGAAAUUCAAUAUGUGGUUGCUGUAAAUGGCAUGGAUGUUGGAUCGAGAAGAAGCUCACUUUGCGUGGAGAGUCAUUUUGGCAGCAAUUUGGAUGAUUUACUCGGUUUGAGUGUUGAGAGAGAUGCCUGCCAAAUUUCAGUCCACCGGCAAGCAAAACCAGUGGUAGACUCACCUUCAACAAAUAAUAAGUCUUCUCAGGUGGGGCUGUCAAGCUCAUCACAAGGUAUCGUGGUUGAUUCUUUUGUUUACCAGGCUCGAGAUCUCAAGGAACCAACCGACUGGCUUUCAUCACGUGCUCCUCACCCCCUUGAAAACGAAACAUUCUCCACAGCAGGUGAGAAGACUAUUGUUCCACCACCUGUUGUAAAAGGUGAAUAUGGUCCUCAUCCAUCAAAGCAGGAAACAGUUGCAGAAAACAUGGUCUCUGAUCCUGUCCAUGGACUCAAGGUUCCUCUCGCAGCCUCAAAUGACGAGCUACCUGGUGCCAAGAUCCCCUCAGCAUCAGGGUCGGAGUUAAACUUUGAGAAGAAUUGUUCAUUUCAGAAAAAGAUUGAAUGCCGCAAUCAUCAUUCCCAAGUAACAAGUGUUAUUCAGAUGGACAGACAAGUGAAUAAAGAGGCUUUAACAGGGAGCAUUAUUGAGUCUACACCUCAAGUGCAGUCUUCUGAUGAGAAGAUCAAGCCUUUGUAUAUGUAUGAUAUGGAAAAUAUAUCAGAAGAAGCACCUAGAGAUGGCAUUUUUGCAGACAAGGUGACUUCGGUCGUACCAACAAAGACCUGUGAGAAGAACUACGAUAAAACAAGGAAUAGUUAUGUGUUUUCAAAUGUUAUGGUUGAAAAGAUGAAUAACCAUAAUUUGGAUGACCAUCCUUGCACAUCUGCUGCCACAUUCACGCCAGUUCAAGCUGAUACUGAGAUGCAUGCUAAAGAGAUGAGCUCCGAACCAGGUGUCCUUCCCCAAAGAACAUUCCAUUCGGAAAGAAUACCCCGGGAACAGUCAACAAUUAAUCGUUCAACAAAAUCAGAUGAUUUCUCAGUUCCGCAUCUCCUAGUGGCUCACUCACAAUCAGAUGUUUCGUCACAGCAUAUUACAGAAUCCGUGGAUAAGUUGACUGAUCAGAAUGUAUCUUCCAAUUUGGAAAAAGUUGAUGAUUCUGCAGAAUUAACAAGAAUCAAUUUACCAAGCAUGGAAAGCAAAAGACUAGACUCUACAAGGUUAAAAGAUGCUGAUGAGACUGGUACAACAACCUCCUGCAUUCCCGAAGAAGAUAUGUCAAAUCACAAGGUUGUGCUGAACACUGCUGCACCUCCUGCUACUGUUACUCCUGCCACCAAAAUUUUUGUGACAAACCAGGGAAACUUUGAGUAUUCCCAAGAAGUGUCUGCACGGAAACUACUGAUUCAUCCGAACAAGAUGAAUGAGAACACCAGAGAGGGGAAACCACUACCUGUGUCUAGGGAAGAAAUUCCUCCUACAAAUACUUCUCAGAGUCAGCCAAAUCUUGUUGUUGGCACCCCAGAGCAUCGGGACAUCCUUAUCAAUGUUAAUGACCGUUUUCCUCGUGAGUUUUUAUCAGACAUAUAUUCUAAAGCUAUGACUGUUGAGAGUCCUACGGAUGUUACAGCACCACCACAUGGUGAUGCAGCAGGCGCAGCAGAUCAAGUAGAUUCCAGUGGUCCCGUUCCUGAUAUUCCUGGAAAAUCCUAUGCACUGGUAAGACCUGAUAUGACUCAGACUACUGGCAUUCAAAGCCCGCAACUUAGUCGCCCAAUAAAUAUAAAGGCACCUGGGUAUGAUUAUCAGCUUUUACUCACUUUAAAGGGUUGCAAGAAAGCAGCUCAGCCUGCAGGCUUCCCUCUUCCUGACUUCUCUCUUAAAGAAUUCGACCCCAACACCCUUCAGAUAAUAAAAAACCGAGAUCUUGAAGAGCUGAGGGAAUUGGGUUCUGGCACCUAUGGGACUGUUUAUCAUGGUAAGUGGAGGGGAACUGAUGUUGCUAUCAAGAGGAUAAAAAAGAGCUGUUUCAUAGGCCGCUCAUCAGAGCAGGAGAGGCUGACGGCUGAGUUCUGGCAUGAAGCUGAGAUUCUGUCAAAGCUUCACCAUCCGAAUGUGGUAGCCUUUUACGGUGUAGUGCAAGAUGGACCUGGAGGGACACUUGCAACUGUGACGGAAUUCAUGGUGAAUGGUUCCCUCAGACAUGCUUUAAUUUCCAAGGAUAGGCAUCUUGAUCGUCGCAAGCGCCUCAUCAUUGCAAUGGAUGCAGCUUUUGGGAUGGAAUAUUUGCAUUCAAGAAACAUCGUUCAUUUUGAUUUGAAAUGUGACAACCUGCUUGUCAACUUGAAGGAUCCAUCAAGGCCCAUAUGCAAGGUGGGUGAUUUUGGUUUGUCAAAAAUCAAAAGAAAUACGUUAGUUACUGGUGGUGUCCGGGGAACCCUUCCAUGGAUGGCCCCGGAGCUGUUAAAUGGCAGCAGUAGCAAGGUGUCUGAGAAGGUUGAUGUGUUCUCCUUCGGAAUUGUGCUUUGGGAGAUCCUGACUGGGGAGGAGCCUUAUGCCAAUAUGCAUUAUGGAGCAAUUAUUGGUGGUAUAGUAAACAACACAUUGCGACCACCAGUUCCAAGCUACUGUGAUCCGGAAUGGAGGGUGUUGAUGGAGCAGUGUUGGGCGCCAGACCCGCUGGCUCGCCCAUCCUUCCCUGAGAUCGCCAGGCGUUUACGCACCAUGUCGUCGACGGCGUGCCCCAGCCCCACCAAGCAUCCACACUAUACGCCACCCAAGUGAGCUCUCUCUCAUAUAUGCGCAUUACUCCUCAUAAAAGGUGUACCACUGCUAGUGUAUUAUGUUCGUCAUAGAGAGGUAAUCAAUUGCCAUUGUAAUAAGUAAGCAAAGAGGAGGGAUGCACUUUUAAGUUUCCUCCUGGCCAAGGGUCAUAUUGACAGGACUGCGUGUGUGUGUGUGUGUAUAUAAAUAGUACUAUGAGACAUGGGCGUGCUCUUGUUUCCAAGUUUGUUAUCCUUGUGUGGCCAAAUCAGAUAAUAAGACAAUAUCAAAUCUAUCUUGCUCUCAA